AUGCAGCGGCACCUCACGAACUUCUUACUGGGGCAGCACCAUCCUAUAGGCGCGAGUGUUUGGAUGCACUCCAGGUAUAGAUGCUAUGCCGUGAAAUCCAAGAGACUCGAUGUAUCCUUAGCGCUUCACACUAAGCAACCUCCUCCAACUCCAGGCUUCUCUUCUCCUAGGCUUGGUAUGGUAUGCAAGCUCAAGAAAGCGAUUUACGUUACGGCCCCCGACAAGCUAAAGCAGGCACCAAGAGCUAAGAAGGGGCCUGGUUUCAUAAAUUUAGCUCGUUUCUCACUGCUUCAUUUUUACCACUGUAGCCGUGCGGAUUCUUCCAUGUUUGUUCGCCGACGUCACGGUAGCUUGGCAACCAAUUUGUCUCUUUCAUCCGCCGCAUUACUUUCUCGGCAUGGAGGUAUCUCGCUCCACCUCUGGACUCCCCCUAACCCAAACAAGGCUGCCCUGACGACCGACGCUCUACCUCGGGCUUUUGUUCUUGGUCGGAAUCUAAUUUCCUGGAGCGCUAAGAAGCAGCCCCUUACUCUAACAAGUAAGCAAGUAAACUACCUUUCGGAAGAAAAUAUGAUCUUCUGCCUAAAGAAAAUGGUCAGAUCAAUCAUAGUUAAAGGAGGAGUUUCACGGGAGAGAGUGGUUGUCAAAGACUCAAACGACUUCAGCAGACUUCCCGGUCACUGA